GUUGUGUGGUUAGUUUGUGCGAAAAUUGAAACAUACGAAACAGCCGUCCGGAAUGGACUACCGGUUCCGUUGGGUUCGAGACCAUCUGUGCCGGACGCUGGGUGUGGACGAACCGCGCUACAUCGAAUCGGUGCUGAAUGAGUUCUACGACGAACUGAUGGCGUUUUUUGACGACGAAAUCAGCGACCAUCGGGAGGAUCAGAAGCGGAUUCUAUUCGCCUAUCGGACGUUCUACGACAAGCUGGUCGAGGAAGAGGUUGUGGCCCUGGAACCUGUGGGUCCAAUGCUCGCCACCGAACCAGAGCUAAUACUGAAGGAGAAGAAAGGGAAGAAAGCUAAAAAAAAGAAGAAGAAAGCAAAACCGAAGAAGCCAAGGAAAUUAGAUGCUGACCAGGAUCGCGGCCCGGAAACUGCCCUAGGAGCGGGGGCUUCCGGCGAUAAUGAGCUCGUUGAAGUAACUAGAAUCGUUUCGACAUCGGUUAAAACACCAAUCGUGCACGUCUGCUUCGGAUUCAUACCGGAGGAUAAGAUUGACCCGACGAUUCGCUACCUCUACAUGAUUAGGCGCUACAGUGCCCCUGUUGCACGAUUCUACACAUUCGAAGAUUGCUGCGCCGAGAUGCCGCACUACGUUCUGAUGGGUUGCAUGAAGGGAUCGGUGGUAAACAGUGCCAAAGAUUCGCUGGAACGGCUGUUCAAACCUGCCGUCGAGCACCAGUUUCGGGAGCCGAACGUCGAGCGACCUAAACCGGAGAAAGAAGAAAAGGAGGAAGAUUUGACUCGCGCUGCAAGUCGGACCAGCGUCGUGUUGAUGGACUACUCAAAACCAUCCGACUUUCGUAUGAAAGCAAUCCAAGCGCAUAAGGCUGGCCAUCGUGUUAUGGGCGACGAUUCCAAGGUUGAACUGGGAAGUGGUCAGUCGUUGAGUGAAACUCCCAGUAGCGAGUCGAAUCUUACCCAAACUAAGGCCUCGGAAGUGACGGUAGAAAGUGAAGUGGUGAUUAAGGAGACUCCUUCGGAGAAGUGGACUAACCUGCUGGAAGUGGCGGACACCAAAAUCCAAGCGGAUCAUGAGAAGCAACGAAGUGCUCCCGUUAAGCAGGGACCCAUGAAGGAGAAUCUCAACCAAAAUUUGGAACGGUUCAUCGAAGUGCUCGAUUGGACGAUGAGUCACGUUCGGUACGAUUUUGGGAUGCCGACGCAGUACAAUGCACCGGGGCAGGAGAACAUCACGAUCGAUGAGGACAAGUUCAAAGUUAAAGUUGACAUAAACCGAACGACGGUUGAGGAUUUGACCACCCUGCAACAGGAGGAAAUCGUGGAGGGGUGGUCAAUUUACAUUCGUAAGGUGCUGCGCGAAUCGAUGGAAAGGGAACCAGACGAAUAUACACCGAUGGCCGAGUACAAUCUGUGGCUGGUGCGGGAGCUGGAAUACAAUUCUAUUAUUGAGCAAUUGAAAUCACCGUUCGUGAUUCAGGUAUUUGAUGCUCUCAAGGACAACGAGUGUGCCGUGCUGCAAUCGUGGCCGGCGCUUCUGAAGGAACUGAAGGGAGCGCUGUGCCUAGCCCGGGAUAACGUCGAACAUUUGGCGAUGCUGCAAAAGUAUCUUCUGAAAAUCAAAACCGAGGAAGACUUCAACUUCAUCCUGUCCAUUAUACCGAACGUUACGAUCAUACUGAGGCACAUUUGGACCAUGUCGGACUACUACAGCAAGGACCGGAACAUGCUGACCCUGCUUGGCCAGAUAUCCUAUGUGUUUGCCGAGAAAGUUAAAAUACUAAUUAAUGUUGAUACCAUUUUCAAACAUUCAGCCAGCUACGUCUUCCGCUGUGCCACCAACUGUGCCGAGAUGCUGCGAGCCUGGAAAAAGUCCUACAUGGAUACGCGAGCUCAGAUCGAAAAAUCUGGCAUCGGAUCACGCUGGGAGUUUGAUCGGAACAUUUUGUUCCGUGAUGUGGAUCACAUGACACGUCUCAGCCAGGAUACAGCGAAUGUCGCGAAGGUGUUCAUCGAGUUUGAGAACAUGUUCGACCACAAUUUGAAGAUGAUGAUCAGCGACCCGGAGGAGGUGGAUAAUAUUCUAACCAAGGUUUAUCGCCUCAUCAAUCACAUCAUUUCGGUGGACUAUGACAUGUUCGCGCCGAGCAAUCUGGCCAACUGGGAAGCCACACUGGAGUACUUCUACAAAGGUGUCGAACAGGUGGAACACGAAGCCCGGAUCGCGUUGGACCAGUGCAUCGGAGCGUUAAGGUCGGCCGACUUGGGUCUUCAGUUGAUUAAGAACCUGAACCGGAUGGAAACACGGCAAACGUUGGCGAACCAUUUGUCAUCGAAAUACGAAAACAUUAUGAAACAAUUUCUGGCGGAAGUGGGGAUGGUCGAACACGAGUUUCUGAAAAACAAAUCCAACCCACCGCUGCAGCGGAACCAGCCCAACCACGUGGGAGCAAUAUUUUGGGAACGUUCGCUGCUUUCCUUCAUCCGGAAAUCCAUGACGGCUUUUAGAGAGUUUGAAAGUGUACCCCGCAGCAGCAACAGUGGUGCUCCUGCUGGUGAUGAAGGCAGAGAUGGAAUGGCCCUCGUUCGUGUCGGUGCUACGAAUUUGGUUGAAGGUGGUGGGGACGGACCGGGCGGGGAUAGCCUGCAGAAGCGGUCAGCUUUCAGUCAGUACAUUGGGCUGGUGAAGAACAUCAGGGAUUACGAGAAGGAAAACUUUCAGCAAUUUACGGCUUACGGAACGCGAAUCGUAAAUACCGUCCUGAAACGCAACAUUCUCAAGUUGGAGUUUUGCGAACCGAUCUAUGAACUUGAGCAACUGAAGCGGACAGCUCGCACCAAACGGGAGGCCCGGGCUCAACAUUCUCGCAGACCGUCGGCUUUGAUGGCCGCCACGGAAAAGGGCAAGUAUUCGAACAUCGCAACCGCCGUCCGGUGGAUUGUCAACCGGCCAGAAUCACUAAAUCCUGAACUGACACUCGCCCAAACGUUGGUGCGAGCCUCACGGAACACACCUACGCCGGUAACGACGACCGGGUCAGACACCGUCGGAGUGCACACCCCGGCUCGAGAGUUCAAGAUAAAACAAGCACAAUUGAUGGUGUCAGCAGUUUCACAGAAGAAGCUUCCCACUUGGAGAGAAGUGAUCGGGGAUUCGGUGCUCAUUGAAUUCAAGCUACAGUUCGCCGUAAAUUUCUCCUACGACAUAUUCGAUGCCAUCAGCGAAGGUCAGCAGUUCGAGUACAUGGGAUUUACUCUCAGUCCUGCCAUUAGGACUGCCAUUAUGAGAAAGAAACAACUAUUUACGGAUGUGGAGCACGUUACUAAAAUGGUGAACGAUUAUAACGAUAUGGUACUCCGGCUGGCAGCACCAGAGAUCCAUUUCCUGCGCGGUCACCUGUACGAAGUCGAGACAAUCAUUCAAGCCGGAUUAGGCCGAUUCACCUGGCAGUCAUUCAACAUACAGGCAUACUGCGAACGAUGCCAACAGUUUAUGAAAAGUUUAUCCUCGCUGGUAUCGCAAAUUGGUCACAUCAGUAGCGACAUAAAGUCACGAAUCGAUAAACUGGAAUCGUUUGCGAUGUUCGAGUUCGAUCCGGUCGCAGGUAAGACAAAGGAAAAGCGCCCAGCUGCGACGGAAAUCGUAUUAAAAACUCCGAGCCGGGGAGUCAAGGAGCAUACGCAUCCACCACAUCACCAUCACCACCACCACCAUCAUCACCAUCAGCAUCAUUCUUCGCACACGCAUCAGCAGGACCCGACAGAAGACGGUGCCGACGAUCAGCUUGAAGCAGCAGCCGCCGCCGCCGAACGCACGGGUGGUAAGCCGAGAAAACCGAAACGGGUCUCCAUCUGGGAAAUGUCCCGGGAUGACGGGGUGAAACCCUGCCGCGACUACUUUCAAGCACUGGAACUGGAGCGGACCGCGAAAACCACUCGGCUGGUGAAACUUUACGAUUCGAUAGGACCCAUACUGAUUAAAUUGGAAAGUUUGGUGCUCGGUACAUACACCGGCGAGUGUCGAGAGUUGAAAUUCUACUACAAUUACUGGGAGAAGCAGAUAUUUACAUGUUUCAGCAGGUUUACAACAAAAAACUUGGAAAAGUUCAUGCAUGACCUACAACAGGAGCACCCACUGUUCGAGGUAGAUGCUACGCUUGUGGUGCCGGAGAUUCUGAUAAAACCAAGCGCUGCCGAAGUUUACGGCAUUGUCAUCAACUCGGUGACGGAUUUUCUGCAAAGACUGAAAAGCUUCCGCCGAUGGAUGGCCGAAACCUGUUUACCCGUGCCUAGUAAUGAAACAUAUACUUUCACAUUUUUCGAAGACGUUGUUCAGAUUCCAAAAGUUUGCGAACUUGUUAUGAACUUGCAACAAACUAUCCAGAAUUUAGUGGCUGAUGUUCUGGCGUAUUUAAAAUGCUGGCAAAAGUACAAGAACCUCUGGAUGUACGAAAAGAUGAGCGUUUGCGAAAAGUUCCUCUCCCAGAACCUACCGCUGGUCCGGCUGGACGAGAAGUUUAUCUUCUACACCCAGAUUGUGAAUGACCUGGAGCGGCACCGUCCCUACCACGACCUCAAAUCGAUACGGAUUAAUUUGCAGCCGUUAAUUAAGAGCAUUAUCGAUCACGCAGUCGAGUGGCGAAACACGCUGGGAAAUAUUCUCGCUGCCCGAACCCGACGUCAGAUGGUUGAAUUGAAUGACCACAUGCAGAACCUCCGGACAGAGCUGGAUCGGAACGUCAAGGAGCUGUCACAUUUCAAGAGUGUCAUGCAGACCAUUAAUACCAUCCAGACGACAACACUGACGGUGGAGCUGAGAAUACACGAGAUGCAGGAGACCUAUAACAUACUGCAGGAACACCGCAUUAAGCUCCCCUUCGGUGACAUGCUGAUGGCGUACCAGCUGGAGAAACGCUGGCGAAAAUUAUUCAAUUCAGCGUUAUACCGUGCAAAUAUGCUGCAAUCAACGAAGACAAAGUUUGCCGAGAUGACACAGAACGAGAUCAGUAUAUUCUGCUUUGAACUGAACGAAUUCGUCCAACGGUACAAGAGCGAAGGUCCCGGAACAGUCGGAUUGGAUCUGGACCGCGGUGCCUUACUGAUGGAUGAAUAUGGAAAGGAGUUUGAAGCCGUGGACAAACAACGCGUUGAGCUCGAGAACGCGGAAAAACUCUUCGACAUCCCAUUAACGGAUUACAAUGAGUUUUUGCAGUGCAAACACGAGUACGAAGAAAUGCAAGUGGUAUACAGGCUGUACCAACUUCAGAAGGUCGCCCGCGAAAGGUGGUCCAGAACGCUGUGGGUAAAUCUGAACCCACAGGCCUUGCUGGAAGGAAUCGACAGUUUCAUGAAGGAAUUCCGCAAACUGCCUCGUUCGGUCCGUCAGACCCCGGUUGGCCAGGCACUGGAUACCAAGAUGAAGCAGUUCAAAUCAUCGGUGCCGCUGAUGUUGAGUUUGAAAGAUGAAGCCCUGCGGGAACGCCACUGGCAACUGCUAAUGGACAAAACUGGUCAGCACUUCGAUAUGUCGCCCGAUCGGUUCACGUUGGAAAAUAUGUUCGCCAUGGAACUGCACAAGUACCAGGAUAUCGCCGAAGAAAUCAUAAAUAAUGCCAUAAAGGAACUGUCGAUCGAACGAGGCGUCCAGGAGGUGGCGGAUAUCUGGCGACAAAUGACAUUCAUCAUCGUCCCGUACGAGAGCCGCAGUGAAUCCGAACGCGGAAGGUUCGUCCUUGGCGGAGUGGACGAGAUAAUGCAAACGCUAGAGGAAAACUCAAUGAAUCUCCAAUCGAUGGCGGCAUCACAAUUUAUUGGCCCAUUUCUGCCGACGGUGCAGCGGUGGGAGAAGGACUUGACGCUGAUCUCCGAAAUCAUCGACGAGUGGCUCAGCGUCCAGCGGAAGUGGCUCUACCUGGAGGGAAUAUUUAUUGGCGGCGAUAUAAGUGCUCAAUUACCGGAAGAGGCGGAAAAAUUUAACAAGAUCGACGAGGAGUUUCAAGAGAUUAUGGCCAGCAGUGCCGCAAAUCCGCUUGUGGUGGAUGUUUGUCUAGUGCCCGGGCGGGUUGAUGAUUUUCUACGCCUGGGGAUGGAACUGGAUGGGUGUCAAAAGUCGUUGAACGAUUAUCUGGAGCACAAGAGGAUGCUGUUUCCGCGGUUCUACUUCAUCUCGACGGAGGAGCUGCUAUCCAUCCUCGGCAGCAGUGAGCACACGUGCGUCCAGGAACACAUCAUCAAGAUGUUCGAUAACAUAAAAUCUUUACGAUUUGCUAAAGAUCGUUCCGACACGCCGAUUGUCACCGCCAUGAUAUCCGCCGAAGGGGAAGUUAUGGAUUUCCAGCAGCAUGUUCCGGUACAAGAUCGGGUCGAAAGUUGGAUGACCGCAGUCCUGGCCGAGAUGCGGUCGACGAAUCGAUUUAUUUCAAAAAAGGCCAUUUACGACUAUGGCAAGGAUAGGGAACGUAGUAGACCGGACUGGAUACUGCUGUACCAGGGAAUGGUAUGCCUGGCUGCCAACCAGGUGUGGUGGACAGCGGAGGUGGAGGAGGUGUUCGCCAAGGUAAAGAAAGGCAACAAACGAGCGAUGAAGGAAUUCCUGGAAGCUCAAAAUCGACAGUUGGAUGAUCUCGUUGUAAAAGUCAGAGCCGAUCUCUCUCCGAACGAUAGGCUCAAGUUCAAGACGAUUGCCACCAUCGAUGUACACGCUAGAGAUAUCAUCGAGGGGUUUGUGCGGGAUAGUAUUUUAGAUUCCCAGGAGUUCGGUUGGGAGAGCCAGUUGAGAUUCUACUGGCUUCGGGAUAUGGACAACCUGUUCGUGCUCCAGUGCACAGGGAAAUUCGAUUACGGCUACGAGUACAUGGGUCUGAAUGGACGUCUUGUGAUUACGCCGCUAACGGAUCGGAUCUAUUUAACAAUCACGCAAGCAUUGACGAUGAAGCUGGGCGCUGCACCCGCCGGCCCCGCUGGUACAGGAAAAACGGAAACCACCAAGGAUUUGGCGAAAGCGAUGGCUCUGCUGUGCGUCGUGACCAACUGCGGCGAGGGCAUGGAUUUUCGCGCCGUCGGAACGGUGUUGUCAGGGUUGUCUCAGUGUGGCGCCUGGGGCUGCUUCGAUGAGUUUAAUCGGAUUGACAUUUCGGUUCUGAGCGUAAUAUCGACCCAACUACAAAUGAUCCGAACUGCUUUGGUUGCCAACCAGAAGACUUUCAUGUUUGAAGGCUACGAGAUAAACCUAGACCCGAAGGUUGGAAUUUUCAUUACCAUGAAUCCCGGAUAUGCGGGCCGUACGGAGCUUCCUGAAUCGGUGAAAGCCCUUUUUCGUCCAGUUACUUGCAUAAUGCCAGACCUGGAGCUAAUUUGUUUGAUUUCGUUGUUCUCCGAUGGGUUUAUGCGAGCGAAAACGCUGGCCAAGAAGAUGACGGUUCUGUACAAACUGGCACGGGAGCAACUGUCCAAGCAGUACCACUACGACUGGGGUCUACGUUCGUUGAACGCUGUCCUUCGGAUGGCCGGCGUUAACAAGCGCAAGUCGCCAGAGAUCUCGGAAACCGCAACCCUGAUGAGGACACUUUUUGAUAUGAAUUUUCCCAAGUUUGUGUUUGACGACGUGCCGCUGUUCAUGGGAUUGAUGAAGGAUCUAUUCCCAGGAGUCGAUUAUCCUCGCGUUGGCUAUCCCGAAUUUACCGAAGAGGUGAAAAACGUGCUUGAAACCGAUGGCUACAUAAUUUUACAGAAUCAGGUGGACAAAGUUAUACAAUUAUACGAAACAAUGAUGACACGUCACUCAACCAUGAUUGUCGGUCCAACAAGUGGCGGGAAAACGGUUGUAAUAAAUACGCUGAUAAAGGCGCAAACCAAUAUGGGCCUACCGACAAAGUGCACCGUGCUGAAUCCGAAGGCCUGCUCCGUGGUGGAACUGUACGGCUAUCUGGACCCGAGCACCCGCGAUUGGAUUGAUGGCCUCUUCUCCAACAUAUUCCGCGAGAUGAAUAGACCGACGGAACGAGAUGAACGCCGCUACGUGUGCUUCGACGGUGACGUAGAUGCGUUGUGGAUCGAAAACAUGAACUCGGUCAUGGAUGACAACAAACUGCUGACUCUGGCCAACGGUGAACGUAUUCGGCUUAACAGCUACUGUGCUCUGUUGUUUGAAGUAGGGGAUCUCGCCUAUGCUUCGCCAGCCACCGUUUCUCGAGCCGGUAUGGUCUACUUGGAUCCGAAGAAUCUUGGCUACCUAUGCUACUGGCAGCGGUGGUUGCGCGGUCGCUACGAUGAAGAGAAAGAGAUUCUCGGAAAGUCAUUCGAUAAGAUUGUAACCCUUGCGAUUGACUACAUCCUCGAGGGUGUCGAUGGUAACAACCAGGAAGAUCCUCUAAAGCUAGUUAUUCCUCAGACGAACCUGAAUAUGGUAACUCAGCUAUGCUAUUUCUACGAAGCCAUGUUCCCGAAGGUAUCCACCGCUUGUCCCUACGAGGAAGACGUAGUGGAAUGCGGUUUUAUUCAGUGUCUGUUUGCUUCACUGGGAGCUGCCCUGUUGGAGGAAUCUCGACCGAAGUUCGAUGACUUCAUAAAGCGGAACCUGGAGAUGAUCAACUACGAAGAUAGUGAAAGCGCCCCGGCCAAGGUUGGUCAGUUACCUUCGCUUAAACCGACUCUGUACGAUUAUUUCUUCGAUCUGGAGAAGAAAGUAUGGAUCGCUUGGGAAUGGGUCGUACCAAAGUAUGUUCACGAUCGCGGAAUGCCGUUCAGUGAAAUUCUGGUUCCGACUAUUGAAACGCUCCAAGCGGAGUGGAUUUUGAAAUCAAUGAACGACAUUCGGCAUCCCAUUCUGUUGGUUGGUGACACUGGCACUUCAAAGACGGCCGUGAUUUCGGAUUUCUUACGGCAUCUUAGCCGAGACACAUAUAUCAUCCUGAACAUAAACUUUUCCUCCCGAACGUCCUCACUGGAUGUGCAAAAAACGAUUGAAGCAGCGGUUGACAAGCGAACGAAGGACAUCUUCGGACCUCCGGUCGGUAAGAAGUUGGUAGCAUUUAUCGAUGACAUGAACAUGCCUCAGGUGGAUAGCUACGGCACACAGCAACCGAUCGCACUGUUGAAGUUGCUUUUUGAGCGCGAAGGAAUGUACGACCGUAGCAAAGAUUUGAACUGGAAGAAAUUCAAAGAUAUGUCUUUCAUCGCCGCUAUGGGUCGUGCUGGUGGUGGCCGUAAUGACGUCGAUCCUCGCUUUAUCUCAAUGUUCUCGGUAUGUAAUAUUGUGUUCCCAAGCGACAUCACCCUGUUGCACAUUUAUAGUUCCAUUUUGCGCGGUCAUCUGGAGCUGUUCUCCGAGGAACUUCAAUCGACGGCUGAUAUAGUAGUACAAAUGACGCUGAAUUUAUUCAAAGUGUUGGUCGUAAAGCUACCUCCAACGCCGUCCAAGUUCCACUAUAUUUUCAAUCUGAAGGAUCUGUCACGAAUCUACGGCGGUAUGCUGCAGAUAGAUCCUAACUACUUCAAGGAGAUUCGGCACCUAAUCCGGGUGUGGCGUAAUGAGUUUAGCCGGGUGAUUUGCGACCGGUUAAUCAACAGUCAGGACCAACAGCUGAUGGCUGAUCAGAUUGCAGAAGAAGUUAAUGAAAAAUUCCCGCCUCCGAAGCCUGUUGCUCGCAAAACAAUCAUGGUGGAAAGGUUGGAGGAUAUGCGCAGUGAGUCGAUGGCGCCGAUUGUUGAGAUUUCUACGGCGGAUUUUGUGCUGCGAGAUCCACUUCUAUUUGGCGAUUAUCGGAAUGCGGUAAAUUUAGCGGAGACCAGGUACUACGAGGAUUUGCUGGAUUAUGAAGCGAUUUAUUUCCUGUUCCAAGAAAUCCUACUGGAAUAUAAUGAGCAGAAAUCAAAGAUGAAUUUAGUGCUGUUCGAGGACUGCUUGGAACAUCUGACCCGAGUACAUCGGGCUCUACGAAUGGAUCGAGGUCACGUGAUGCUUGUUGGCGUAGGCGGAUCUGGCAAGCAGUGUAUAGCGAAGUUGGCAGCCUUCACGGCAGAAUGUGAAGUUUUCGAGAUUGUUCUUAGCCGAGGUUACAACGAAACAUCGUUCCGGGAAGAUCUAAAACAACUGUUUGUCAAUGUAGGCGUCAAAAAUCAGAAAACCUGCUUCAUCUUUAGAGCAGCUCAGAUUGCGGAAGAAGGUUUUCUGGAGUUCAUAAAUAAUAUUUUAACCACUGGAAUGGUGCCAGCACUAUUUACCGACGAAGAGAAAGAUACGAUAAUUGGCCAGUGCCGGGGUGCCGCACAGCAACAAGGCUUCGCCAUAUCAAAGGACGGUGUGUGGUCGUACUUCCUGAAUCGAUCUGUGACAAAUCUGCACGUUAUCCUGUGUAUGUCACCGGAAGGUGAUGCCCUUCGAAACCGGUGCCGCAAUUUCCCUGGACUGGUCGGCAGUACCACCAUCGAUUGGGUUUUCCCUUGGCCGGAGCAGGCUCUGUAUGCGGUGGCCAAAGUGUUUCUGUCGGAUCACGUGAAGAUUCCCGAAGUUCACCGAGAACCUAUUAUCACGCACAUUGUGCACGUUCAUCAAUCUCUUAAGCAUUACACCCAGCAGUUUUUGUUGAGUAUGCGCCGGAAAAAUUUUGUUACACCAAAGCACUACUUGGAUUACAUCAAUACGUAUCUGAAGUUGAUUGAGGAGAAAGAUAAUUUCAUCAUGCAACAGUGCUCCCGAUUAUCGGACGGAAUCGAGAAAAUUAAUGAAGCCUCACUUCAGAUUGAUCAGUUGAGCAUCAUCGUGGAGGAGCAGCGGAAGAACGUCGUCGAGGCAGCCCUGAGAUGCGAACAGAUGCUGGUCGGGAUAGAAACGUCAACCGAGAAGGCCAAUUCCAAAAAAGCUGAAGCAUCGGAAAAAUCCGUCGAGGUCGAACAACAGAAAAAGAUUAUCACCGUCGAGAAGGCGGAAGCGGAGGAGGCACUAGCCGCUGCGCUACCAGCUCUGGAGAUAGCCCGGCUUGCACUUUCCGAUCUGGACAAGUCGGACAUUACGGAAAUCCGCAGCUUCGCUACCCCACCAGAGGCUGUGCAGGUGGUGUGCGAGUGUGUGGCCAUUGUCAAGGGUAUCAAGGACAUCUCCUGGAAAAGCGCCAAGGGAAUGAUGUCCGAGGGAAGUUUUCUGCGCAGUCUGCAGGAGUUGGAUUGUGACCAGAUCACUCAGAAGCAGGUGGCGAACGUUCGGGCCCAUAUGAAGAAAUCGCAAAAACUGGACGAUAUGCAAAGCAUCUCCAAGGCAGGAUUCGGUUUGCUAAAGUUCGUACGAGCUGUUCUCGGCUACUGCGACGUUUACCGGGAAGUGAAGCCCAAAAAAGAACGUGUGGCAUUUCUGGAAGCUGAGUUGGACGGACAGAUUAAACUGUUGAAUAAACUGACUAAAGAGAUCAGCAAACUGGAAUUCGAGCUCAAUGAGCUAAAUAAUCAGUAUGCCACAGCUAUUAAGGAGAAGCAGAUGCUCCAGGAGAUGAUGGAACAAGCGGAGCGGAGGUUAAUCGCCGCAGACAAACUCAUCUCCGGAUUGAGCUCCGAACGGGACCGGUGGAGGAUAGAUCUGAAAAAUCUUCAGGAUGAAAAAACUAAAGUCGUAGGAACCUGUAUCCUAUCUGCCUCGUUCCUUGCCUAUACCGGACCAUUUUCUUGGGAAUUCCGUAAUUCAAUAGUAUUCGAAGACUGGCUCGUGGACGUGGAAGAACGGGAGAUUCCGUAUGUAAAACCAUUCCGAAUCUACACCAGUUUGAGUAGUGACUUGGAAAUGGCAACUUGGGCCUCCGAGGGACUUCCUCCCGAUGAAUUAUCAGUUCAAAACGGCAUUUUGACCACCCGAGCAUCUCGCUUUCCAUUGUGCAUCGACCCACAGCAGCAAGCUUUGAUGUGGAUCAAAAAACGGGAAACGCCGAACAAUCUGAAAGUACUGAACUUUAACGACAAAGAUUUCUUGAGACACCUGGAAAUGGCAAUCAAGUAUGGAACACCGGUUCUGUUCCAGGACGUAGACGACUACAUUGAUCCAGUAAUUGAUAAUAUUCUAGAGAAGAACAUAAAAAUUCAAGCUGGUCGCCAGUUUGUAAUGCUUGGAGACAAGGAGGUGGACGUAGAUUCGAACUUCCGAAUGUAUCUCACCACCAAACUAUCGAAUCCAAACUUCGAUCCGGCCGUUUACGCCAAAGCACUGAUCAUCAACUAUAUGGUAACGAUGAGUGGUUUGGAGGAUCAGUUGCUCAGUGUGGUCGUCCGCGCCGAACGUCCCGACCUGGAAGAGCGACGUGAGAGUCUCAUUGCAGAGACCAGCGCCAACAAAAUUCUACUGAAAAACUUAGAGGACUCGUUACUUCGUGAACUUGCUACCUCCACCGGCAAUAUGUUGGACAACGUUGAACUAGUAACCACUCUAGAAAACACGAAGGAAAAAGCUGCUGAGGUAUCUCUGAAGAUUAAACUGGCCGAGGAGACCUCACUGGACAUCGAACUGCUAAGAAACGGUUACCGGUUAGCCGCGCAGCGAGGCGCCAUCCUCUACUUUGUACUUUCGGAAAUGUCCGUCGUAAAUCCUAUGUAUCAAUACUCGCUCAGCUCAUAUCUGGAAGUUUUCUCGUACUCCUUGCGGAAGGCCGUCCCGGAUAACAUUCUCGCCAGACGGUUGGAGAACAUUAUCCAAACGUUGACCCGAAACGUGUACGAGUACGGUUGUAUCGGGUUCUUCGAGCGGCACAAGCUGUUGUUUUCCUUCCAGAUGACCGUGAAGCUGGAGCAAAGCAAGGGACACCUUGGCCAGGCGGAGGUGGAUUUCUUCAUCAAGGGAAACAUUGCUCUGGAAAAAUCCGAACGAGCUUGUCCGGCCCGCUGGAUCAGCGAUAAGGGUUGGCAGGACGUGCUGCUGUUGGCCGAUCUGUUUCCGGAGAAGUUUGGCCAACUGCCGGGGCACGUGGAGCGGAAUAUUGCUGAGUGGACCAGUUGGUACGACGUGGAUGAACCGGAAGGAACGGACUACCCGGGCAAUUUUGCGGAUAACAUGAAUGUCUAUGAUCACCUGAUGCUAAUGCGAUGCUUCCGCGUGGACCGAGUAUACCGACUCCUGAACAACUACGUCUCCACGAUCAUGGAUGAAGAGUUCAUCACACCUCCGAUGCUCAGCUUCGAUUCCAUCUUCGAACAAUCAUCCGCGGCCACCCCGGUCGUGUUUAUCCUGAGCCCUGGAUCUGAUCCUACCAACGAUCUGAUGAAGUUAGCUGACCGGUGCGGUUUCGGUGGGAACAAAUUUAAGUACAUUUCUCUCGGGCAGGGUCAGGAACAGAAAGCCCUUUCGUUGUUGCAUCUUUCGCUCGAGCAGGGCCUCUGGUUGAUGCUUCAGAAUGGUCACCUUCUGCUUAGCUUCAUCAAAACGCUGGAAAAAUUGCUCGACUCUGUGGAAAAACCCCAUCCGGACUUUCGCCUGUGGAUAACGACCGAGGCCACCGGUUCCUUCCCUAUUGGUAUUCUGCAAAAGUCACUGAAAGUCGUUACCGAGCCGCCUAACGGACUGAAAAUGAAUCUCCGGGCAACCUUCUUCAAACUUCGCCAGCAAACGCUUGACGCGUGCACCCACCUGACGUUCAAGCCAUUAGCAUACGUUUUGGCGUUCUUCCACGCUGUGCUACAGGAACGAAGAAAAUACGGCAAACUCGGUUGGAACAUCAGUUACGAUUUUAAUGAGUCCGACUUCAACGUCUGUCUGCAGAUAAUGGAUACCUACCUAACGAAGGCACUCAGCAUCAACGAGACUCGGAUGCCCUGGAACAGCCUGAAGUAUCUGAUUGGUGAGGUAAUGUACGGUGGUCGAGUGAUAGACGACUUCGAUCGUCGGGUAGUGAAAACCUACAUGGACGAGUAUAUGGGUGAUUUCUUGUUCGAUACUUUCCAACCAUUCCACUUCUACCAGGACGAUACGGUGGACUACAAAAUCUUUGAAGCCGAGACUCGGGAUGAGUUCAUAGCAUCAAUCGAAACGCUGCCCCUGACCAACACGCCGGAAGUGUUUGGACUGCACUCUAACGCCGAGAUUGGCUACUACACAAUUGCGGUCCGUGAAAUGUGGACCUAUUUGAUCGAUCUACAACCACAAACCACUCCUACCGGGAUGCAAAGUAGGGACAAAGUUGAUUACGGCACCGAAACCGGUGGCAUCAGCCGGGACGAGCUCAUCGACAAGGUAGCGGUGGACAUACUGAAAAAGCUUCCGAAACAGUUCGAAAUCUGGCGUGUCAAGAAGCAGUACCAAAUCAACAUAACGCCGGUGUGUGUGGUGCUGCUGCAGGAGCUGGAACGGUUCAACCGGUUGCUGAACCGGAUGGAGCGAACGUUGCAGCAGCUACGCAAGGCACUGGCCGGUGAGAUCGGUAUGGACGCCGUACAGGAUGGUAUCGCGAAUUCACUGUUCAACGGUCAGCUGCCGGACGAUUGGCGGGAUCUGGCGCCGGCCACCUGUAAACCACUGGGCGACUGGAUCGAACACCUGCAGAGGAGGAACCAACAGUAUAAAUAUUGGUCAGUAUCUGGCGAACCACUGGUGAUGUGGUUGUCGGGACUCCACAUACCGGAAAGUUAUUUAACCGCAUUAGUUCAGGUUGCCUGCCGCAAGAACAAUUGGCCCCUGGAUAGAUCGACACUGUUUACGGCAGUGACCAACUUUCUGAGGGAGGAUGAAAUUGAGGAACGGCCGGAGGCGGGGUGCUACGUGACCGGGUUGUACCUGGAAGGCGCCCGCUGGGAUCCGGCCAAUCGUUGUCUGGCACGUUCGAUUCCGAAGGUACUGGUGGAACCUUUGCCGGUGCUAUCCGUGGUUCCGAUCGAAGCGCACCGGCUCAAACUACAAAACACAUUCCGAACACCUGUCUACACGACGUCCCAGCGGCGCAACGCGAUGGGAAUCGGUCUGGUGUUCGAGGCGGAUCUGUACACCGAGGAGCAUACCAGCCACUGGGUCCUGCAGGGAGUUUGUCUGGUUAUGAACACGGACUGAUUGGUCCGGAGCCUCCCGGGUGUCAGUUGAUUUUGUUGUAUUGUUGUUGUUACUUACUGGAUGCUCUCUUUUUACUGGUGUUGAUUAGAAUAAAACUUUUGCCUUUUA